GCCCGCGCCGCCGCGAUGGCGGAGGAUAGCGAGUCUGCGGCCAGCCAGCAGAGCCUGGAGCUGGACGACCAGGACACGUGCGGCAUAGACGGGGACAAUGAGGAGGAGGCCGAGCACGCCAAAGGAAGUCCUGGAGGGGAUUUGGGUGCCAAAAAGAAAAAGAAGAAACAGAAGAGAAAAAAGGAGAAACCAAAUUCCGGAGGCACCAAGUCAGACUCAGCAUCUGACUCCCAGGAGAUUAAAAUUCAGCAGCCUUCAAAACACAACACCAUCUGGCAGCAGAUUUCAGCGGGAGCAGUCACGGAAUCCCACCUUUCCAAUGCAGAAGUUGCAGGAUAUCCAGAGAGCAAUGGAGCUGUUAUCCGCAUGCCAGGGCCCCGCCAGGAACAUUGAUGAGGCUGCCAAACACAGAUACCAGUUUUGGGAUACACAGCCGGUACCCAAACUAAAUGAAGUAAUAACAUCCCAUGGUGCGAUUGAAGCAGAUAAAGACAAUGUGCGUCAAGAGCCAUACUCCUUGCCACAGGGUUUUAUGUGGGACACUUUAGAUUUGGGCAAUGCUGAAGUGCUCAAGGAGUUAUACACCUUGUUGAAUGAGAAUUACGUAGAAGAUGAUGACAACAUGUUCCGCUUUGAUUAUUCACCUGAGUUCCUGUUGUGGGCUCUGCGUCCCCCUGGCUGGCUUCUUCAGUGGCACUGUGGGGUCAGAGUGUCUUCAAACAAAAAACUAGUAGGGUUCAUAAGUGCCAUCCCAGCAAACAUUCGGAUUUAUGACAGUGUGAAGAAGAUGGUUGAAAUCAACUUCCUUUGUGUUCAUAAGAAAUUGAGAUCAAAACGGGUGGCCCCAGUGUUAAUUCGAGAAAUAACCAGAAGGGUGAACCUGGAAGGGAUUUUUCAAGCUGUUUAUACUGCUGGAGUGGUCCUUCCUAAGCCAGUGGCCACAUGCAGAUAUUGGCAUCGAUCACUAAAUCCCAGAAAAUUGGUAGAAGUGAAAUUUUCUCACUUGAGUAGAAAUAUGACUUUACAGAGAACAAUGAAACUAUACAGACUUCCAGAUGUCACGAAGACAUCAGGCUUGAGACCGAUGGAACCAAGAGAUGUCAAAGCAGUUCGAGAAUUAACUAACAGUUACCUGAAGCAGUUUCACCUAGCCCCAGUGAUGGACGAAGAGGAAGUUGCCCACUGGUUCCUCCCCCAGGAGCACAUUAUCGACACGUUUGUAGUGGAGAACUCCACUGGUAAACUAACUGACUUCCUGAGCUUCUACACACUCCCCUCCACAGUCAUGCACCACCCUGCUCACAAGAGCCUCAAGGCUGCCUACUCCUUCUAUAACAUUCACACGGAGACACCCCUGCUGGACCUCAUGAAUGAUGCGCUCAUUAUCGCUAAAUUGAAAGGAUUUGAUGUAUUCAAUGCACUAGAUUUGAUGGAAAAUAAAACAUUCUUGGAAAAACUCAAGUUUGGUAUAGGAGAUGGAAAUUUACAAUAUUACUUGUACAACUGGAGAUGUCCAGGAACAGAAUCUGAAAAGGUUGGACUUGUAUUACAAUAGAUGGAUAUUUCUAUUUCUGGGAACUCUGAUGUCAUCAUUUGUUAAUGUUCUAUUUAAUGAUUCCUGGAACUGCCAUUCCAAGGAAGAAUAAAAGCACAAUUUAAGUGAGACUGAAGUAGUAACAAUCAGAAAAGAUGGAAAAAGUCCACAUGACCAGUUGUACACAUUUCUAGCUAGAAUGUUAACAUUCGUCCUUUUCUUUUCCCACUGUUUAUCCAUUUGUAGGAGGAAUGAGAGGGAACCAAGAACAUAUUCCUCUAGUUUUCAAACUUCUGACAGUCUCUUGAUGAAGAGAAGGUAUUUUUCCAUUCUAGAAAAAGGGAUUGUUUUUCUAUGGACUGAACAGAAGUCACAGCAUCAUGUGAAAAAAAUCUUUACUCGUGUGGAAAUAAACUGAUGCAUUUCUAUUUAUUGAUUUGUCCAUGUAACAGAGCAAAGGAUCCAUGUGGAAAAUUCUUAAAUCACCUUACAUGAUAUCAUUGGGAACAUGUAUGGAAUCAGCAUUUCUGUAACUCAGUGAUGAGUGAUGGAUGUUCAAGUAGAGAGCAGGAUUAAAACAUACUGGUGACUAGUACAUUUCUUGAGAAACAAAAUUGCCAAAUCAAUAAACACACAAAUCUGUACUUUGAUCUUCAGCAGAUUAAUGGUUUGGUUCCAAAGCAAAGUUCUGUGCAGACACUGAAUGCUCGCUGAAAGAGUAUAUACCUAUGACUGACAAGACUUUGCUGCUGCUGCAGUUUCUUCUCACCAUAGCAAGGUAUAUGAGGAGAAAAGGAAAAUAAAAGCUCUGAAGUAAAAAAAAAAAAUGCCCAGUGGAAUUUAUUAGUGCCAUCAGGACAUUGAUAGUUUGAAUAUUUUUAUUACUUAUGCAAAAUUGCACAUACUCCUUUAUGCUGACUUUUAAUUUAUCAUGAAGUGUCAUGCUAAUGGAAACUUUGUAAAUAAGUAUUCAUAAUUUUGUUACUGAUGUGUUUUUACCUAGAAAAUGAAAAAACAAGUUUCACUGUGUACAUAUAUAUGUAUGUAUAUAUUGCCAAUAGUUCAAGGGGAAAAGAUGUAAAUGAGACCACAUAUACUGGCCUUGACUCAAAUACCAGAGUAGAUAUUUCUUCCUGCCUUUAUUGUACCAGUGCCUAGGCUGUUCAGUCCAGAAAAAUGUAAUUAUUUUAUGACAACAUAAUGGCUUUUCCUUUAUGUUGUAAGUAGUCAAAUAAAACCAGUCGUAUCUUUUAUCAGGCAGGAGUUAGCAAACUAUAGCCCAUGAGCUAAAUCCAGCCCAUCACCUGUUUUUGUACAGCCCACAAGCUAAGGAUGGUUUUUACAUUUUUGAAUGUUUGGGGGGGGGGGUUGGUCAAAAGACUGUCAUUUUGUGACUCGUGAAUAUUGUUCAAAGCUCAAAUUUCAGCAUCCAUGAAUAAAGUUUUGUUAGAACACAGCCACACUUAACUCAUUUAUGUAUUGCCUGUGGCUGCUUCAUGCUACAAAAGGUAGAGUGAGACUGUAGUAGCCCUAAAGGCCUAACAUUUAUCAUCUGGCCAUUUACAGAAAAAAAAAAAAAAUGACCCUAAUUUAUAUAGUAAGGAGCUGAGAGGCAUUUACUGCAGCUUCUUUAUUCUGAAGACCAACCCAUAGCUGAUAUCCCUGAGACUGCCACUAGAGGGCAUACCUGCGCACAGAGUAGUGCAUGCUAGGAUGAUUCAAACCCAUCUCUUUACUGUUCUUACUGGAGACAGGCUUAAUAAAGCCAAACAGAACCAUUUCACUUAAACAUUUUUUGAGACACCAGCCUUAAGUAAAUGAGAUUUUAACUUAGUCUGAAGUCAAAGCUCUGUUUAGGAAUUAUGUUCCACACAUUUUUAUGGCACAAAGUGUUACUCUAAGUAGGUUUACAAAUAAAUUGCAUAAUGGGUAGUCAUAAAUUUUGUCAUGGACUUGUUUACCUCAUGGUAAAACUGGCAUUGUUUUACAGAAUUUUACAGAAUUCCAAUUGUUCCAUAUUCUUUUGCUCACAUUUAAAAAUGACUAGCAUAUAUAGCAUAUACAGCCUCUUUAUAAUUUAAGCAUUACCAAUGAAUAUUUAAAAUGGAGAAUUGGUAAAAUGCUUGUGUUUAUAAAGUAGCUAUUAGAACUAAAUUUCAAUGCAAUAUGUAAUGUCUCAAUAUAUUAAAAAAAAACUGUGCUGCAUCUUUGUCAAUAGUGAAAAUGCAUCAAUAAAACUUCGAAGAGUGGAGAUGGCAUAAUCAUGAAUCAGACUAAAAUAAACUUGGCAAUUGAAUGCCUUCCCCCUAAUUUGCAGAAAGUAACUUUUCCAAACAUACUGUAAAUAGCAGGCACUUUUAAAUAGAGCAUUGUUUAGGCUCCAUUUCCUAAGAUGAAGGACCCCUGUGAUUGCACAGAUUCAACCCUAAAACCCCAAGCUCCUCAGUUCAUUGUUUGAAUUCUCUUUCUGCUGCACUUCACCUAAUCACAUCUCCAAGGAAGUCAGUUAUGCAUGUAAAAGGGUUAAUUCUGACUAGUCAAAAUACCUUAUCUGGCUUUUCCCAAAAUAUCAAACCUUUCUUUGCCCCAUGGCCAUGCAUACGCCUUCCCACAAAGAAUGCCAUGUCAACAGGAAAUACAAAAUGUCAUCUCUGAAGACAGUGUAGUGCUGGACAUUCACUAUCUUUCCUGUAUAACUGAUGUACCUGCAGCUCAGAUUCAUCUACCCUGCUAGCUAGACCCAAGUGCUACCAGAUACAGAUGUUCUUACAAGCGACGUACCAGCCUUUUAAGUGAUUUAUGCAAGCAUGGACAUUAGUUUCAAUAACUUGUUUUGACAUUCAUACUUCUGAAUAGUCUGCACUUAGUAGCAAACUUCAGUUUAUCUGUGCUAUAUGGUCACCAUGUCUUAGGCAUUUGAGAGGAAUGUUAACAAACUGUGGCAAGAACAUGUGUAAAAGUAACUCAUUUAAUUAGUUUCAAGGCAUCUUUAUGAGGUGUCACUUUAUAGCUGUAUGAAAUGACAUGUUUAUAAAAAUUACUUCGAAGUAGAUUUUUUACUUUUGGGUGGUUUCCUUUUCUUAUUGGGGUUUGGAAUCAGUUUCUUUAUUUUAAGGGGUUGUAAUACUGCCGCCUGCUGACCUUCAAGAAACUUUCUCUUAUGUUUUGCAAGGUCUUCAAAGGAAGUUUCCAAAAUCUCUUCAUCUUGGCUUUCCAAAGGUUCAGUCUGUGAAUCUUUGCUGAAGUCUUCAAGUCUGUCUUGAAGCCAUGGUACAAUCAAGCGGGGUAUUCUGGGAAUAAUAGCUUUUACCUCAUCAACAAAGUCAGUGUUGUUCUUUUUGAAGCCCAAGGCCAGGACACAUUUUAAGCCAAUGACAGGUGCGAUUCUCUCACUGAGCCGAGGAACCUGCCCAGCAGGAACAGUUCUGCUUACACUUAACUGGAUCAGGUGUGCAGUGAUGAGUGCAGGUUUGACUGACUUACACACCAGCACUAAGAGCAGCUCAUUCCUUUCCAGAGCCCUGGUGACCUCAUUGACACCGAUGGCCAGCUGCUUCCUGACAUGGGCAGGAGUCCACCCAGACACCUGCUGAUUAUCUUCUGGCUUUUUUUCUUUCAGAUCCUCAUUAGUAUCAACAUCUAUGCUAACCAUGUCUCUGCUUUGUUUUUUUAAAAGAGACUGCUUUUUCUUUUUCUUCUUAUCCUCAAUCUUCUGAAGUCCAACUGAUUUAAAUCUGUCUUCAAGUGUCUGUAAUAUGAAAUGCAUAUCCUCUCUUUCCAGAGCACUCCAGCAGAUAGCAUAUGGGUUGUUCAGCGAUGUCUUUACAGUUAAAGGUCUUGUCUUCCGAACAGAGCCCCUCCCUGGUGCUUGUGGAGCUACAGCCAUUCUGAAAAUCCUUCAGAAAAUAGCAAAACAAUAAAGAAAAAUUUAUGUUAACUAGAAAUGUAUGUCUUAAGAACAUUCCAGAUGUACUCAUUUGCUUGACAGCAAGCUCAGUAAUAUAGGACCAAUUAUGUGACCAUAUAUUUAACCUGUAAGUAAUUUCUAUCCUACAUUUUUCAUGACUUUAUUCACAAUAUGGGCAACAUACAAAUAUUUCACGUCAUUGCAAUCAGUGAAAUUCUAUUUCAUUCAUUAAAAAAUGUUCCAUGUUUCUAC